UUUUAGUAGUAUUUUUACUGUUGUCAUUGUCGCUUCACACAAUACAAUAAGAAAGAAAAAAAAUAAGAAAUAUUUGUUUUUGUUUCAGUUGAUUUUGGUUUUCAACUUUUGUGUGGUGUGUUGUUGCUUCUUCUUGUUAUUGUGUUUUACGUACGAGUACAACAAAUGCGAAAUGCAUGCAUGCGUAUGGACGUAUGACUGUCAAAUGUUUUAGUUUUUUUUUUCAUAUAGAGUUAUUUUUUAGUCGAUGUUGAUUAUUGCACACGUAAAUAGUACGCGCGGUAAACAAAAGAACCAGAAAAAAAACAAUAAAUUUUAAUUGAAAUCAAAAAAAAAGAAAAAUAUAAAUAAUAAAUAAAUAAAAACUAAGUGAGAAUAGUUUUCAAAUAAAUAUUUCAAAAUUAAUCAAAUUAACAUUGUUUUUAUUUUUCAAAGAAAGAAGAAAAUUUGAAGAGCUGCAACAACAUUAACAGCAACAACAAUAACAACGAGUAUUAAUGUGGUUUAUUGUGGUAAAUAUAACGUGUAAAUGUGUGUGUGGAGGAUAAAAUAUCAAACCGCAAAAACCGCAUGUUAACCAGCUAAGCACAACCAACAAAAAAAAAAUGCUUAAAUAAUAACAAAAAAAUAAAUAUAGUGCAAAAAAAAAAGAAAUAUAAAAACCAACCAAACAAACCAUAUUAAAUGUAUAGAAGUCGUUAAAAUAAAAUUACAGCUAAAAUAAAUUCAUUGCUACAUGAAAUUUAUGUGAAAUAGGAAAAAUAUAUGAACAAUUGCAAUAACAAAUUGAAUAAAAUGUAAAAUUUAUUACUUAAUUAAAAACCCCAGCAAAUGUACCAAAUGAAAAAAUAAUAAUAAAAUGUAUUGUAAACAAUACUGCGUUUAAUGCUAAAUUAAGUGUAAUAAAAAAAACAAAAGCAAACACAAAUAAUAAUUAUAUUUAUUAAAACAAGAAAAAUUUUAAUUUUAUUAAUAAAUUCAUUAAAAAAUUAAAUUACACAGAAAUAAAAAAAAAACAACAAUAAACAAGUAAUGCUCAGUUAAAUAAUUUAUGCCAAUUAUAAUUAAAUAAAAACACAUAAAACCAUAAAAUAAAAAUUAUUAAAACAACAAAAAAUUAAAUAAAAUAAAUAAGCUUUUUCUCACACUCUUAAAUAAAAUAAACAAUAAAUAAGCAAACAAAUUAUUAUUUUAGCUUUAACAAUUAGCAAAGUAAAUUAAUUAAUAUUAAUAACUGCAACAACAAAAAAAUAACAAAACAUUUAACAACAACAAACCAUCAAUAUUAUUCAAGCUACUAAAAACAAAAAAAAAAUAAAAAACAUUACAACUACUGCGCCUGUGUAUCAAAAAAAUAUAUUCUACAACUCUCUUUAGUUAACCAAACUCCCCAAAAGAAAAUCUCCCAUUUUCUCUCCAUCAAUAUUAAACUGCUCCCAAGGAAAUCUGAUUUUACAGUAAACACUUAUUUGUGUAUUAGUGUUUGUGUGUGUGCUACUUGUUUUGUCCAUUUUACUCUCACUUUGUGGAUUAGAGAGUAAAAUUCAAUAACAAAACCAAGUAAAACAAAUCUACUUCGCCUUGCCACCUCCUUAGCAGUGAGAAAAAGGAGUACAAUUUGUACUUUAAGUGCAAUAAUAUUGUGCAUGUGUUUUUGAAAGAGUUGCCAAUAAUUUGUUAAGUGUGUGUGUGUGUGUGGUUUACCCCGCUCUCUCUCUCGUUCUUUUAAAAAUCGCUCAACCCAGUGUAAAGGGUUUUUAACAAGGAUAUAAUAAUUUGUUUCGUAGCCGUUAAUAUAAACAGCCGUCAAAGUGGAUUUAACAAAUUAUAAUAAAAUGCUGCAAUCCAGCAAUCAAUAUUUGAGGCCGGAUUAUAUGGUGGCACCAACUGCGAUACCGCACACUCAAAAAAUGGAUACCAAAAGCAGUCCGCUGGCCCUGCUGGCGCAAACCUGCAGUGCAAUUGGUGCUGACACCACAAAUCCCAAAUUGCUGGCAGCAAACAUAGAAAAGGCCACCAAAGCUCAUAAAUCAUCAUCUUCCUCAUCGCUGGAUAAUCGUGACAAAUCAUCACCGCUCAGUAGUCAUUCAUCGGUUUCAACGGGUUCGGUAGAGCAGCAGCAACAACAACAGCAGCAGCAGCAGCAACCUCAACCUCAACAGCAGCCCAUCAAAUGUAGUUUUAAACCCUAUGAAACCAAUAAUAAUCACAUACGGGAACGUUUAGAUAACGAUAAUGAGCAGGCCACGAAUCUAUCGCAAACCCAUAGUCAAAUCAGAGUGAAAACACCAAAAACUAGUAGUAAUAGUUUAGGGCAAAAUGGUUUACAAAAUCGUUGUGAUUCCAAUCAGUCGGCCAGCUCACAAAGAGGAGAAUCACCAGCCAUGAAUGGUGGUUUAAGAAGAACUCCCUCGUUGACGGUAGCAUCAAGUCAGCAAGAACUGCAAACGCAACAGCAACAGCAGCAGCAACAACUACAGCAACAGCAGCAACACUCUCAACAAAGAAAUCAGCAUAGUCCAGCUCAACAAAAAGCCAAAGAAACAGCAAUUAAUGGUGGCAAUCCACUAGCCACAGCCACCACUUCUAUAUCAGCAACUAGUCCUACUCAUUCCACCACUACAGCAUCAACUAGACUGCAAGCUACAUCAGAGGCAGCUUAUGCUGCUGCUUCUAAAGAGGCUAGUUAUGUGAAAGCUUUACAGGCAGCAGCUGCCGCAGGACAAGGUAACAGCAGUGCAGCGGCUUCCUACUAUCCGGGUUAUCCCGCCAGUAUGUCCUAUCCCAUGGACUUAAUGACUGCUAGUGCUUUAAUGUCGCCACAUCAUCCCAUGUUCAAGGCUGCUGCUCUCAAUCCAUACUUGAAUUAUGCCAGACUGAAAGGUCUAGAUAUGCCGCAAAAUAUAUGUCGGGACCCCUACUGUACAGGCUGCCCUUCCAGUCCUCAUUUUCUUAAUAAGGCUGCUGGUCAACCCUGUCAGGCUGGCUGUCCCCAGUGUGAGAGAGAAGGCAAAUCUAGUGGCAGUUCAUCUAGUGCUGCAGCAGCAGCUGCUGCUGCCAAUUCAUAUCAUGCUCAAUUGGCUGCUCUGGCCGCCGCUUCACAAAUGCCUUAUGUUUGUUCUUGGAUUGGAGGUGAUACACCCUAUUGUGGCAAGCGUUUUGCCACCUCCGAUGAACUGUUUCAACAUUUACGUACACACACCGCUUCGCUACCCGAAUCUGUAUUGACCGCCGCCGCUCAAGGCGGCAUACCGCCAAAUCAUCCACUCUUUCAACGUACAUAUCCCACACCACCUCUGAGCCCUCUGUCAGCCGCCCGCUAUCAUCCUUAUGGCAAACCGUCCAUGUUGCCUCCAUCACUGGCCGGUGCACCGCCUGGUUCAUUGGCCAGCCUGCAAAUGCAACAACAUCCUGCUUUAGCUCAAUAUUUCUCACCCUAUUCACUGUACGGUCCCCGAAUGGGUUCUUCCCAUCCAUAGUAGAACUGAAGUAAUAAAAUCUAAAUUUUAAUAAAUUUUUCUUUGCAAUUCAAAAAAAUUCAGUCAAAUAUUUCGCAUGUUUCUUAAAUAGAUUUUUUGUUUAAAAUAUAUACAAAGAUAUAUUUUAUUUUAUUUAAAUUUUUUUUCUAUUUUGUGAAACUAAAAGCUAGUGAUGUUAGUUAAGCAUUAUUGUAAAAUAUUUGAAUUAUUUAUUAAAUAAUUAAUUACUAAACAAAAUACACUUUAUUGUCCAAAUAUUAAAUAAUGUAAAACUAAAGAAAAAUAUUGUACAUUGUAAAUGUAAAUGUUUUUUUUCCAAUAAAUUAUUUAAGUAUAUAAAAACUAAUUGAUCGUAUGUAUUUUAAACACAAAAAAAAAACACACAAACAAAUAAAUAAAUAAAAUAUAAAGAGAAAAAAAA